AUGAAGAUUUCUAUACCAGACAUCCAAAUCGUUGAAGGUUCGCUGCGCAGCUACCUCACAGUCAGUGGCAACAUAGUUGGUCGCGCACUCACCAAUCUCGAUAGCCUCAUUCAGUUGCCCACAGGAUGUGGAGAGCAGAAUUUGGUGAAGGUGGCGCCCAGUGUCUACGUCCUUCGCUACCUUCUCAACCGUCGCUGCAACAACACCAAUAAAACGAACAACUCUCACUACGACCAUGUGAUGAAGAAGGCUGCCUCAUACAUUCUCAGCGGAUUCGACAAUCAACUGACCUACCGUCAUCCCGAAAACGGCGCUUUCUCCAUAUGGGGGCCACAACAAGACUCAAAUGGAAGCACUUGGCUCACCGCAUAUGUCUUCCACGUCUUCAGUGAGGCUGAAAUGCUGCCCAUUAUCUCCAUCACGGGACAGUCCCUGGAUGCUCAUGCUACUCUCUCUACCGCCUUUGAUUUCCUCAGCGGUCAACAACGCGUGUCCGGUGAUGGGUGCUUUGAGGAACCCAGGCACCGCUUCCUGCCAUGGAUGCACAACCCCAACGACGUCGUCACCCGCCUCCAUCUCACCGCACAUGUACUUGCCGCACUCGGUUCCGCCAGCACCGCACUGAGAGAAGCCAAAGGGCAAGCUUUCACCAGCUGCGUGCGUUCCGCCAUCAAAUGUAUUGAUUCGGCAGCAAGGCAGCUGCCCUUUACCCAAUGGCCCACUCUCCUCUUGGCUAAGGUUGUCCACGCCACUAGUGCCUUCCCACACGAAGCCAGCUCAUCAGUGUACAAAGCCAUGGUCGCGGAAUUGAAGCGACGAUCAGUGCUGCAAUCCACCAUUAGUGGAUCUUUGCGAUGGUGGCCAGAGUCUACAUCCGCCAUCACCACCACCAGCACAAGUCACCUCACUAAAGUGCUCCGCCUGGAGACCACUGCUUACGCCCUGAUGGCACUCGCUCCCAUUCACCUCUCACAGCAGGACCAACUAGCCACUAUGAAGUGGAUCUCACAACAACAGAAUGAGAAGGGCGGUUUCUACUCCACGCAGGACACGGUGGUUGCUUUGCGCGCGCUAGCAUACAAUGCAGCAUCCUUCCCUUCCCCCGUCCAACCCACAUUACUGUCUAUUCACUCCACACCCAAGCCAACUGUGCAUGCGCAGUUGGAGGUGAGUGCACAGAAUAACUUGGUAGCACACACAUUUGAAAUCGGACCUCACAAUCUUAGUGACAUCACCACUCUCCGCGUUACUAUGCAGUCCUCACAACCAGUGUGCGUAUCUGCCCACUUUACGACAAUCUACAAUGUACCCGAGCCACGCAGACAGGAGGAUGUGUUUGAGUUGGAUGUGUCGGUUGAUCAGGGUGGCAACACUGCCACUGCUGCAUGCACCACAGCACUCACCACAGUGUGUCUGCGUACUGCGCGUGCACACGCCACUGGUAUACUGCUCGUGACUGUGCAGCUGCCCAGUGGAUGGAUGGUGACAAGAGGGGAGCUGGGGAAGGCGCCGCUCAAUGCGGAUGUACAAAAAGUGGAGCUGGAUGCUCAGAAGCAGGUAGUGAGUGCUUACUUCAACGGCUUCUCAGAAAAGGAUGAGAGUGCGGAGAGGUGUUUCACAGUGGCCUCGCAUCAGCGCGCUUUUGUGGAGGAGGUGCAGCCUGGUUUGGUCACUGCACGAGACUACUACAACCCACGUGAGAUGGUGCAGGCUCCCCUAAACUUGAACGCUUGUCAACUUUACUGGAAUUCAAUACGUGAUGGUGUUGUCAUCACCAACAUACCAUCACCUUCCAGCCUAAACUUUUCCACCACUAGCACAGUUUCAGACACCAUGAAAUCAAGUCCGAAAUGUCCGAAGUGUGGAAAGAUGGAGCCAACAAUUCUGAUAGAUCAUCUCAACAAAUCACUGUGCUUCCAUGAGCGCCAAUUCUACAUUUUCUUUACGCAUGGUGGGACAAACCGCACUGUAGCG